AUGAAGCCUCUGCUUGGGACGCUUUACCUCUUGGGGAUCCUGGUUCCUGAGGGGCUGGGAUAUGAUGGAUCCCUAGCACAACCCAGACGAGAGGUUGUGGAAGAGACAGUGAACCCAUGGAAGAGCCUGGACACCUAUUCGUAUACCAAAUAUCACCCAAUGGAAGAGAUCUAUCAGUGGAUGAUCCAGAUAAGUGAGAAGUACACAGGAGUGGUGACACAGCAUUUCCUAGGAAUGACCUAUGAGAUCCGGCCCAUGUAUUAUUUGAAGAUCAGCCAACCAUCCAAUAACCCCAAGAAGAUCAUCUGGAUGGACUGUGGAAUUCAUGCCAGGGAAUGGAUUGCCCCAGCUUUUUGCCAAUGGUUUGUGAAAGAAAUUCUUCAAAACUAUAAAGAUAACCCAAGGAUAGGAAGGUUCCUUAGAAACCUGGACUUCUACGUGCUUCCUGUUCUUAACAUAGAUGGUUAUAUCUAUACUUGGACAACUGAUCGGCUUUGGAGGAAAUCCCGUUCGUCCCAUAAUAAUGGCACAUGUUUUGGGACAGAUCUCAAUCGAAAUUUCAAUGUGGCCUGGUGUAGUAUUGGUGCCUCUAAAGACUGCCACGAUUUAACAUUCUGUGGGACAGGACCAGCAUCGGAGCCGGAGACUAAGGCUGUUUCCAGCUUUGUAGAGAGCAAGAAGGAGAGCAUUGUGUGCUUCCUGACCAUGCACUCAUAUGGGCAGCUCAUUCUCACACCUUAUGGCUACACUAAAAAUAAGUCCAGUAACCAUGAGGAACUGAUCCAAGUUGGACAGAAGGCAGCAAAUGCAUUGAAAAAAAAGCAUGGAACCAAUUUUAGAGUUGGAUCAAGUGCAGAUAUUUUAUAUACCACAUCAGGGGCCUCAAGAGACUGGGCUCGGGACAUUGGUAUUCCCUUCUCAUACACGUUUGAGCUGAGGGACAAUGGUACAUAUGGAUUUGUUCUGCCAGCCGCGCAGAUUCAGGCCACCUGCGAGGAGACCAUGGAGGCCGUGCUCUCGGUCCUGGAUGAUGUCUAUGAGAAAUACUGGGACUCAGAUGGUGCUGGAAAGGUGACACCUACUGCCGUGGUGCUGGGCCUGCUGGUCUCCUUCAUGUCUGUUCUCUGA